AUUUCAUUCCCACCUCCGUAAUCAAAUCAAAAGCUGUAAAUCAAAACCCUCUUUACGACUUUAUGUCUCUCCACCACCAAAAACGCAACCACCACUUCGGUUAUGGCCGGUCCCUUUCCUGCUCUCUCACUCUCUUCCCUUCCCCUUUGUCUCUCCCUUUUCUCUCUCUUCACCACUCAUAUACUUGAACACCUCUGUUCCUAUCUCUAUAUUCUUCAUUUUUAUGGGUUAUUUGUCUUGCAAUGCAGAGUCUGCGAUUGCUACAUGCGAUCAAUACAACUGGGACUUAACCAAGAAACCCAGAAAGCUUCGAAACAAACCCUUCAAGAUCAAGCAGUUCUCCUACUCUGAUCUCCACUCUGCCACCAAUGGCUUCUGUCAAUCCAACUUCCUAGGGAAAGGCAGUCACGGCUCCGUUUACAAAGCCCUUCUCGACGACCACAAACUCACCGCCGCCGUCAAGAAAACCACAACAUCGGAUACGAGCUGUACGAACAAUCCUGCAGAGAACGAGAUCGAAAUACUCUCCCGGGUCCGACACCCGAGGCUCGUCAAUCUUCUGGGCUUCGCCGGCGACUCAGAGGAAAGAAAAUUACUGGUCGUUGAGUUCAUGCCAAACGGGUCCUUAUUCGACCUGCUUCACAGCUCCACCAGACCGCCCGGUUGGGCUCGACGAGUCCGGUUCUCAUUGCAAAUCGCCAAAGCGGUGCAGUUUUUACACUCAUCAAACCCGCCGGUGAUUCACAGAGAUAUAAAGUCGUCGAACGUUUUGAUCGACGGCAACUUCAACGCAAGGCUCGGCGACUUCGGCUUGGCGUUGAGAGGACACGUGGAAGAUGUCCGUGUAAAAUCUACGCCGCCGGCGGGCACUUUAGGGUACUUAGACCCAAGCUAUCUUGCGCCGUGUGAUCUCAGCACUAAAACUGACGUGUUCAGCUUUGGCAUUUUGAUAUUGGAAAUUAUCAGUGGUAGAAAUGCUAUUGAUAUGAAUUAUAGUCCACCGUCGGUGGUGGAUUGGGCAGUGCCGGUAAUCAAGUCGGGCGACUAUGCCGAGAUUUUUGACGCAAGGAUAAGGCCGCCGGAGGACACGGAGGCUAUGCAGCAGCUUGCAGCGGUGGCCGCCAAGUGCGUCAGAUCCACGGCGUCGAAGCGGCCGGGAAUGGCUGAGGUGGUGGAGUGUUUGAAGAAGGUAAACAAGAGAAUGAAUUCGCUGAUUUGGAAUAAUUUAGGGCGGCGCGUGGGAGAUGUUUGUGGGGUUAAAUGUGAACCGUUGGAUGAGAGUUCGGAGAUGAUCAAGACUCCGCGGAAUGGGUCCAGAAGAAACAGGAAGGUGAAGGUAUCAAGUGUGACGAGUGUAGAGUUAGGGAGUGAUGGGAUUGGUGGGGUUAGUGAUCGUGUGGUGAGGUCUAAGUCCAUUGGAUCAGUUAGGGAGAUUAAAUUUGUGCCGCCUGAUUUGAGUAGAGUGGAAAGGAGGAGAGCAGGAUUGGCUGUGAAGAUUCCUAUGGUGAGGUUGAGCAAGUCAAGGUCAAUGGGAGUGUUGCAAAGCACAAGACUGUUGAAUAAUAAUAAUAAUAAUAAUAAUAAUGGGGUUGUGAAAAAUCCCAAUGUUAAAGAGUUGGAAGAGUCUAAAUUGUUGGAUGAGGUUCAUUUUGUGUAG